CACACACAUGUCCCAGUGUCCGAUACAUACUUAUAGACAGCGCACCUCUGUUCGUUCGAGCUUUAAUCUCUCCUCGAUUGGCUAAGUUUGGUUUGGGUUUAGGUCUUCCUGGUCAAGAAUUCCGGUGACAAGCCUCCAGUUCCGAAGAAUUACAAGAACGCGAGAUGACCAGCGUUCGUGUAGCCGUCGAGGUGGUGGCGGCCGUGCUGGUCCUUCUGCCCUCGGCUGCCCCACAAGAGUUACCGGCGCCGUGGGGAUGGGCGUGCGACGAGGGCCUCUGCGUCAAGGGCGUGACCUCGGACACCACGACCUCCCUGAACCAGUGCAAGCUGACCUGCGGCCCCGAGAGCGCCGUGUGGCCUCGCCCGGCCUCCAUCGAGCACUCCUCGGAGGUGGCCUUCUUCCUCCCGACCAACGUGACGCGGAGGGUGUCGUGCCAGGACGCCGUGUGCCCUCUCCUGGACCAGGCGAUUGACCUCUUCCUGGACAACCUGCAGAAGUACCACCCCGAUUACGCCGGCGGGUCUGCGCCUUGGGAGGGCCCUUGGGACGCCAGCAUCGUCUCCCACACGCUCGAUCUGGACGUGACGAUCUGGAACGCUGACGACCGCCUCAGCCUGGAGACUGACGAGUCGUACCAGCUGUUCGUGACCACCAUCGCCGACAAGACGAACGCGCAGGUCGUGGCGGCCACCUACUUCGGCGCUCGCCAUGCGCUCGAGACGCUGUCCCAGUUGGUGGACUACGAGGAGGGCGUCGACGCUCUCAUGAUCGUCUCCUCGGCGGCCCUGACCGACGCGCCAGCCUUCAAGUACCGCGGGAUCCUCCUGGACACCUCGAGGAACUUCUUCAGCGUGAGGGCCAUCGAGAGGACGCUGGACGCCAUGGCAGCCAACAAGCUCAACACCUUCCACUGGCACAUCACCGACUCCCACUCCUUCCCGAUGUUCCUGGAGAGUCUCCCGAAGAUGGCCUUCUACGGCGCCUACAGCUCCCGGCAGGUUUACUUCCCGACGGAUAUCCUGCACCUGGUGGAGUACGGGAGGGUGCGGGGGAUCCGCGUCCUGCCGGAGUUCGACGCCCCCGCCCACGUCGGGAAUGGGUGGCAGUGGGCGGAAGCUGAUGGACUGGGGAGGCUGGCUGUCUGCGUGAACCAGGAGCCUUGGCAGUCGUAUUGCGUGGAGCCUCCUUGUGGCCAACUCAACGUAGUCAACGAUAACACCUACAUCGUCUUGGGCCAAAUCUACAAGGAGAUGGUCCGUCUCUUCGGCCCUCUCGACCUCUUCCACUACGGGGGAGACGAGGUGAACCUCAACUGCUGGAACACGACGGAGGAGAUCGUGAAGCACAUGGAGGAGCAGGGUCAAGGCCGCAGCGCCGACGCCUUCUACAAGCUCUGGAGCGACUUCCAGGCGUCCUCCUACGGCCUCCUGACGACGGCCAACGGCGGCAAACAGAUCCCGGGCAUCCUGUGGACGUCCCACCUGACGGAGGAAGGCCGCGCCGACCAGUACCUCGACAAGGACCACUACAUCAUCCAGAUCUGGACGACCGGGACGGACAAGCUCAUCGGCGAGCUCCUGCAGAAGAAGUUCCGCGUCAUCUUCUCCAACUACGACCACUGGUACCUGGACUGCGGCUUCGGCGCCUGGGUCGGCGAGGGCAACAACUGGUGCAGCCCCUACAAGGGAUGGCAGAAGGUCUACGACAACAGCCCGCACGCCAUCGCCACCAACCUGACGGGGUCUCCGCAGGCAGACCUCAUCCUCGGGGGAGAGGCGGCCCUGUGGAGCGAGCAGGUCGACGAGAUGACGCUCGACUCAAGGCUGUGGCCGCGCGGAGCCGCCCUCGCCGAGCGCCUGUGGACGAACCCGAGCCACAACUGGGAGCCGGCCGAGACCCGCCUCAUCCACCAGCGGCAGCGCAUGGUGGCGAGGGGCAUCAGGGCCGACCGCAUCCAGCCGCAGUGGUGCCACCAGAACGAGGGCCUCUGCUAUAUCUAGGUGUGCCAACUGUGCCAAAUGGUCGAUCGUUUUUUUUUUUUUCGUUUUUUUUUUUUUUCGUUGGGAGUCACGUGGUAUCGUUCUGUACCUGAAAAAAGGAGGAUUUUUUUCAGCAUUUUAUCCCUGGUUGAUACGUAUCUUAGAAAUAACGUAAUAUUUCUAGACCAAACUUGCUUAUCAUUUUUAACAUAAAUCAACCGUAAUUUUUUUUUCAGACUUAACCAUCAUCAUCCCAAGGAAAAUACACCUUUAAUCUAGCAAUAAUGUAAUAAAUAACCCCAAACUGAGAGUUGUAAAUAAAAUUGUUAUAACAUAGAUAGAUAAAAACUCAAAUGAUAAUUAUUUUUGUUUGUUUGUUGCAGUCUGACGAAGUGCCUUGUACAUAAAGGGUUAUGUGUGUGUUAUGUGUAAUUAAUACUUAAGAAAUGACGUUUGAUUGAUCCUGAUUGGUUCAUGUAUAAAAGGAAGAUGUAUUUUCUAAUAAUGAAUAUAAUAAAUAUAGAUUUUA